UCACCAGAGCCAAAGCUAGCCCCGACCAGAGGACGGAAAGCAAAUGUGUUUGUCUCGAAGAAAAAAUGUUUUCACAAUUAAACAUGAGCAAUCAUAUCAACAAUUCAGCCUUUUUUUACAGAUGCACUUAUCAUGAAACGAAAAUGUACAACAAAGUGGGUUACAGUAUUAGAGGGAAAGCUUACUCAGACAUGAACACCUGGAGUUAAUGUUAGUGUUAUGGCGUAAAAUGUUAUGAAAAGCUUACGAGUGAGCUCAAAAUUUUCCAUAGAGUUCGCCAUUGCUAUCCAAGAAGUAGCUGUAGGAGAACUGAAUAAUAAGUGACAGAUACCUAGGCGAGUGUCGCUUAUUCACUGUUGGACAAUCCCAUAAUUAGUGCUUUCCGUUGCACUCCUUUCUUCGUCCUUACUUUGGAACUUACCAUGUUUUGAGCAGCUAGUUGAAUGCCUUAUAGAUCGAGAGCAACUGAUUUAAGUAGUCACAGUUUCUAAAUGCAAAUACAUUCAUUCAUGCUGAAGACAUACCAACCAUCAAAUGACUUUCGAAUUCACUUGAACUAGUGUAGUCAUGUAGCUAGACUGCUAAAACUGAUCGACAACAGAGACCAUUAAACGUACACUGACGUUCAGAAAUGGAUUCAUGAAUACUCUUUCAUCGAUGGUUGAUUUUCUGGAAGGCUAAUUCUCGUAGAUUUCAGAGAUUAAGACCAAGUAUUUUACAUCGAAAUGCUCAUUUUCCAUAAUGCCGUAAAUGGGUGGAAUAGUUCAUCACAUCUUGUUGCAUCAAGGCUUUCUGUUAACGUUUUAAAAUUUAUUGGAACUACAUUGCACUGUCAACCCCGUAUCAUUUGACCUUCUAUCCAAACCGUCAAAGACUAGGGAUAUUGGACUUUGGGUAUGCGCGCGCUUAUCGAAUACUUCGGUAUAUCUUCAAAACUGUUGCAAUGUGGAAAUGAAUUAAACAUUCUUUUAACACAUGUUACUUAGAUGAUGAGUUGCUUUCCGUACGGCCAUAGAGGCAAUGCCUCUUCUCAGUUCGAGAGGUCCGAAGUAACACAGAAUUGGGUGACUAAUCCUACACAUGGUACUGAUACUACAGGUGGCAGAACACCUGCACCACCCUUAAGGACAACAAGCGCACCUCUUGGAAGUUCCAUUGAAAAUAUAUCCUUUAAACCGAAUAAACCAUUACCACUUACACCAGUGGAAGAAGGAAAACGUGACAAAAAGAAAUACAAAAGUGGUGCCAGUAAACUUGGAAAAUUCAAACCAUCUAUUAUGCUAAAUAUAUCAGCACCAGUCAAUGUUAUGCAUAAAGUACACAUUACAAUAGAUCCAGUUACUGGUGAAUUUGAGGGUAUGCCUCCAGAAUGGUCUCACAUGUUAACGGUGGCAGGCAUCACAAAAUGGGAACAACAACAAAAUCCAACUGUUGUACUAAAUGUGUUAAAUUUACUGAGUAGAAAAGAUGAUACUCCUCAAAAAUAUAUGACAAGUAUUAUAGGACCACCAAGUGCAUUGGAUCUGUCUUCAACUGAUCAAAUUAAUACUUCAAACGAUUCAAAUAUUAGUCAAGCACUUUCAUUACCAGCAUCAAAUUGUACCAAAUGUUGUACACCGGAUACAGAACGUGUUACCUCAUUAACUAGAAUAUCAUGUUCAGUUGAUGUCGGACCAAGAAGUAGCAGUUUAAGCAGUGGUCGUGGCAGUAGUGAAGGUAUUGGAAGUCGAAGUGGAAGUGGUAGUGGUGGUGCUGUUAGUCGAAGUAGUAGUAGCGGUCAUGGAGGUGUUGGUGGUUCCAGUGGUAUCCAAAUGUCUGGAAUGGUUCUUAGUCCUUCUGGUAGUUCCAAUGUAGCUAUUCCUCCGUCAAGUAGUUACAGUAGUUCAGGUAGUAGUUAUUCUUCAAGUACAGGAAGUGGGCCAGCACCACCAGCCGUCAUCAAUGGAGUUGAACUUAUACCUGCACCGCUUCUUCUGCAUAAAUUAUCAUUUAGUCCUUCAGGUCAAGCGUUAAAUUAUUCUGCAAUAUCUAAUCCAUCUAUGGAUAACGCAGCUAACACAACUCUUCUUAAUUCGAUAUCUGAUUCCCAAGCAAUUCAUCAAUCUUCACUUACCUUACCUCCAUUAGCCCCAGCGCUUCAUAAUCAUACAUGCGUCGUUGGAAACACUACUUGCACACCUGGUUCUUAUCAACAUCAUCAUCAUUCUAAUAUGGUAUCUCAUAGAGGGGCUACUGAACCCGGGAUCCAUUCAGAUCAUGAAAUAAGAUCAGUAAGUAUGGGCUCCUCUACUAAUUUAAGCACUGUCACGAGCGUCAAUAAUCGUUCUAUGCCGCCUCAUCCAUCUCCUUAUGUGAUGCAACCAUCUUCAUCAUCAUUGUCCUCUAAACAAUCCAAUCUAGAUUUUAUCAACCAAACAAAUCAAAAAACUCCCUGGCGUCCACAAAUUCAUUCACAUUUAAAUAAUCCACCACCCCCUUUAUCACCUGGUCUACCAAGACGAUUUGCUGAUGGCAUUCUAUCACCUCCUGACAUUUCUAACAAUGCAACUAUUCAAUAUUGUUCUUCAGGUCAGUCAUCCCCGUCUCCAGCAGGAUCUGCAACUCCGGUACCUACACCACGACGUGAAUCACUUGCUGGUACACCUUCUUGUCAACGAACAAUUUUACUUUUAAAUAAUAAUACUAAUAAUACUAUGAUUGUCAAUAAUAGUGGUAUACAUCCACCACCGAUUGCUACACGUCCCGAGAAAACAAAAUCCAUAUACACUCAACCAGUUGGUGGAGAUAUCAAUUCAGCCAUUCAACCCAUCAAUUAUAACGAUGAUUCAUCUAUAAGUAUCAAUUCAACAUCAGUACAGCUUCCAAAUGUUUAUUUACAAUCAACUAAUCCUACUAUUUUAUCAAUGAAAAAAUCUAAUUCUUAUGAAUUCGAUGAUGAAUCUACAACAAUGUUAUUAACUAAUAAUAAUACACCUACUAUCCCUACUAUUGUAGAUGUUCAUAUUGAUAAAAGUGUAAAUGAUCAUAAUAAAAUGACUAAUUCUAUUUGUACAACCAUUACCUCUUCUACGAAUACUGAUAUUAAUAAUAUUCGAUCAACAAUCAAUCAAACAAAUACAUCAAUAUCCAUGACAACAUCAACAACAACAACAACAAUGCCCAUGACUAAUAUCACCUCUAUACAUAAUCAUUCUCUUACUUGUAGUCAACAUAAUUUUCAUAAUACUAUUAAUACUUCAACUACAACAUGUACAGUUAAAUCAAUAAAUCAUCAACAAAUCUCAUCAAAUACUAUGAUUACUAACCCUAUUGAUAAUAAUACUAAUCAUAGUAACCAUGAUAAUAACCAUACAACUAGUACAUUAGAACGUAAUAAUUUAAAUAAAAAAUGUAAAUCUAAAAUGACUGAUGAAAUGAUACAAGAAAAACUUCGAAUGAUUGUUAGUAUUGGUGAUCCAAAUAGAAAAUAUCAAAGAUUAGAAAAAAUUGGUCAAGGAGCAUCUGGUGUUGUUUACAGUGGAAUUGAAUCAACAACUGGACGUCGUGUUGCAAUAAAACAAAUGAAUUUAAAAAAACAACCUAAAAAAGAAUUAAUUGUUAACGAAAUUUAUGUAAUGAAAGUUAAAAAACAUCCAAAUGUUGUUAAUUAUUUAGAUAGUUAUCUUGUUGGUGAUGAAUUAUGGGUUGUAAUGGAAUAUUUAGAUGGUGGUUCAUUAACAGAAGUUGUUACUGAAACAUUAAUGGAUGAAGGACAAAUUGCAGCUGUAUGCAGAGAGUGUUUACAAGCAUUGGAAUUUCUUCAUAAAAAUCAAGUGAUUCAUCGUGAUAUUAAAUCAGAUAAUAUUUUAUUAGGAUUAGAUGGUUCAGUAAAAUUAACUGAUUUUGGUUUUUGUGCUCAACUUAGUCCAGAACAAACAAAACGUUCUACAAUGGUUGGUACACCAUAUUGGAUGGCACCAGAAGUAGUAACAAGAAAACAAUAUGGACCAAAAGUAGAUAUAUGGUCACUUGGUAUUAUGGCUAUUGAAAUGAUUGAUGGUGAACCACCAUAUUUAAAUGAAAAUCCUGUUCGUGCUCUUUAUUUAAUUGGUACAAACGGUAAACCAGAGAUUAAAGAACGUGAUAAAUUAAGUGCAGAGUUUCUAGAUUUCUUAGAUCGAUGCCUUGAAGUCAAUGUAGAUUUACGUGCAUCUGCAUUUGAACUACUUAAGCAUCCUUUUAUUGUACGACGUUCGAAACCGUUAUCCUCUUUAACACCGUUGAUUUUGGUCGCUCGAGAUCAAGCUAGAAAUCAAACACAAUAAUGUAAAAUACCAACAUUUCAAUAUUAUCACUUUAUAGAAAAAGAUGAUGAAGAAGUAGUAGUAGUAGUGGUAGUAGUAGUAGAACAAUAAUAACAACAAAUUCCUAUUCUAAUUCCAUCUACUCCUGAUGAUGAUGAUUGUGUGAAGUACUUUAUAUUCAAUAGGAUUUUGUUCAAUUGAUUAAUCUAUCCCAUUAUCAAUAUUCAUAUAAUCUUCUAUGUAUUCAUACUCUCCUUCAUCUAUCCUUCUAAUUACUAUUACUACUAUUACUACACACAUACACAUCUAUCUUCCAACUCUUUAACAUUUCAUCUCAUGAAUUAUGACAUUAUUGAUCAGUUGAACCAGUCAUUUGUUUCCAUUUGAAGUAGGUAAGGAGAAGGAGGAGGAGCGGUUACAGAUGUAUGUUUUUCUUUCUUAAUCUAAUCUCCUUUUAAUUCUAUGAUACUAUCAUGUAAUUUUAGAUUAAAUUUUGAGUAUUGUGAACAAUCAAUGUAAAUGUGUAUGUGUGUGUGUUUUUUUUCUUUUAAUACCUCUCAUAUUAUUCUAUUGUAAAGUUAACUUAUGUAAUCAAUUAUUAUAUAAUAAUAAUAAGAGAAUUUACAUGAUCUAUCUAUUGAAGGAAACGCUUUUUUCUAGAUGAUAGAGCCCCCCUCACCAUCGUAUAAACAUGCAUACAUAUAAACAGGGAAUAUGAACUCAUCAUUUCAUACUUAACAACUAAACUUAAAUUCUCUUGUUACAUUUCUUUUUUUUUUGCAAUGUUUAUCAAUUGACAACACAUGUCUUCCUCAACAUGUUCAUAAGUACGCACACGCAUGCACGCACAUGUGUGUGUGUGUGUGCGCGUAUGAAUUGGUGUAUUUUCAAUGGUAAAACCUGAUUCCUGUUGUUACUUGGCUCUUUCCUUUUUUUUGUCUUUUUUCUGUUUCAAAGUAUUAAACACAAAAAACUUAUUGAAUUGCUCAUACCAAAAAAAGAAAUUUUUUUAAAUAUUCCGAUACUACUGUUUAAUGUACAUCGAAGCUAUACAUAUAUAUAUACAUGUUUUAUAUAAUUAUGCAAUAAUAUUUAACAAAAUCCACACCAUAUUACAUCAAAUUUAUUUUUUAUGAUCAAUUUACAUAGAAAGGAGGUCCUCUCUUUCUCUCUCUCUCUCUCUCAUGUGUACUCGUGUGUGUGUGUGUGGGUACACUCGGAAUACUUAUAGAAACAUCGGUAUGUAUAUACACACACACGUACACACAUAUAUUACACACUACAAGAUCAAUUCUCUGUGAAACUCAUUAUUUUCUUUCUUCUUCUUUUCGUUAUUUCCUCUUUUAGUUUCAGAUUCCUUUUCACGUUGGGGGGGGUGUCUUCUUAAAAUCCUUAAAGGUUGUUGAUAUUAUAUUAUUGUGUUUCUAAUUGGAUACGUAUUCAUGGUAUGAUGUAAUGCAAAUCAUGAUGUUGUUGAUGAUGAUGAUGAUGAUUGCGCUUGUUGUCAAGAGGAAAGCCACUUUAUCAUAUGAUCACUGCUUGUUUCCACAUCAUUUAUUUAGUUGUCUCUUAUGAAGAGGUAUAUAUAUAUAUGUGUAAUUUUUUUUCAAUUCCUGUGAUGAUUUUGACGUUUGUGUGUGUGUGUGUGAGAGAGAGGGGAGUGUGUGUGUGUGAAAAAGUGCUCUAUUCUAUUACUUCUUUUCUGUUAUAUCACAUUAAUGAUUUUGUUCUUUUAAUAAUUUGUUUGUUUUGUUUUGUCUAUUUUGUUUCCUUCUAUAUUGUGUUGACUUUGGAAACUAAUUGAUUUUCAAUUUUUAUCUAAAUAUAAGUAAAAACAGGAAUAUUUAUACAUGCAUAUAUAUAUAUAUAUAUAUAUAUAUAUAUAUAUAUAUAUAUACUCAUGAUUGUUACUAGGCAUAGAUAAUCUUUAUGUCCGAACGAUUCUUAUGAUAAUGUGAUUUGUCUCCUUAAGGUGUAAUUAAUCUUCACUUAAUAAUAAUAAUAAUACGUGGGACCCCGGCUAAUUAUCUUUUUUAAAAAUAUGAGAGAUAAAGCGACCGUUUCGUCCUAAUAUGGGAUUGGUCAGCAGUGCGUAUCCACAAUCUCACUCCAUGUGAUAUCGAACCCAGGAGCGAUAUGUCUCGUGCGUGAACGCUUAACCUCUAGGCUGGCAUUCAAUGGUGUUGAUGUCUAACUUUGACCAAUCCAUGAAAUUGAGCGACACAUCCACCAUUUUCUUCAGGGAGUUACUAUCUCACAACAGACCUGGUCGGACUCCACUGAUCACUGCUCCUCACAAGAACUCCAGGAAAUAACUCGUGAAGCCAGUCACUAGUGAGUAGAUAUUGGCUAAUAUCAGAAGGGGAUUUUGUGAAAAUUAUAGUAGUCUCAAUAGUUGAGAUCAUGAGUCAAUUGAAACUAGACCACCAUGGAAAACCUGGAAGCACUGGAUAGCCGUUUCGCCCUAUUGUCGGACUCCUCAGCAGUGCAUACCCACAAUCUCAUCCCGCGAGAUAUCGAGCCCAGGACCUAUCAGUUCAGCGCGCGAACGCUUGACCUCUAGACCACUAAGCCGGUAUCCAACGGUGUUAUGUCUAACUUCAACCAAUUCACGAAAUAGUUUAAACAACAUGUGUAUUCAUGAGAUUUUUCAAUUACAUUUUAAAAAUCAAUCAUAACUAUAAUUUCCUCCUCUUAGUAAAGUCAUAUUUCAGUAUAUGAUUUUGGCGAGACUAAUUUAUGGACGAACCUUAAGCAACCUUGAAAAAUAUUAGCCAAUCAACAAACAGUCAGUAUAGAGUAAAAAUAUAUUAUACAUAACUAGAGAAAUAAAGCGGAUACACUUAUACGUGGUUCAAGAACUUGUCAACGUUAGGAAGAGGUUCACAGGUUCUAAAAUCGUAAUGCAUGCAGUAGAGGAAAUCAUCCAUACGGCUACAGAACAGUCGGCCUCUCGAGUCAUGAUAAAUUCUCAAAUACUCUUUCAGUUACGACCACAUAGCUUCAAUAUUGUUUAUGUGCACUCCGGUUGUUGAGUGCACAAAUUGCUACUUGUGCGUAACGACACGAUGCACAUAAUCAAGCCUUUGAAGAAGUCUGUACGCUCUCCAAAUAUCCAUAUAUAUAUUAGUACCUGGCUGCAGCCAGUGUUACUGGUGCUUUUAUUUUCCAGUUCGCGAUAAUUGUCAUAAUUUGCCUUAGGAGUUAUAUAUAGAGUUUUCAUCAGGAACUGACACCAGCCAUAAUGCCAAAACUCUGUUUAGCCAAAUGGGUGAGUGAAUUUUGCGCCAAAAUCCGAGAUCUAUUAUCUUAUACCUGGUUGAUUCAUCCACAAACCAUAGUCCCGCCGUUUUAUUUGUUAUAGCCGCUCAGUUAUCACGUUUUGUACAAAAUCUGUUGUGAACCGAUCGUACGUUAGCAUUAAGCACUGAAGUUGGCGCCGUGACCUUGAAAUCCCUCAGACGCUUCUGAUUAGCUCGUCCAUAAUUUAAAGUCUCGCCAUGAUUUUAAAUAUAUAAUGACUUAACUUAUUUAUCAAGUAUCAAUUUGUGUACUUCAUUUCGAACUAUAUUCUAAUUAUGUAUAGGUGUUAAUCAAAUCAAACUAGGUGCAAUAGGCUUAGAAUCUGUUACUUAAUGGUUGGAUUUCGAACGCACUAACCACUGAACCCACUGCUGUAUAUUGAAUUGAUGAGUUUCCUGUUAUGUCUUUGAUCUGUCUACCCACUUUUGAUGCUGAGGAUAACUUGUCUAAUCUAGAGAUUAACACCUUGACCCCAUAGGCUGACCGGCUUAAACUUGAGGUCAGUAUGCGUGAGUUCGAAGUGGGAUAGAGAAAAGAAAACUAUUCUAUCACCUGAUUGGCUGACAAGCAUGCGAGUGAAAGAAGAUAAGUCAACUAGAACACUACUCGAUUUAUUCUCAACUCCGAUCCGGUUCCCAAUUUCUCGAUAUCAGAUCAGUGUAAAAAGAUACAUGAAUAAAUAGAUGAUUAACCCACCACAAUGUCCAAAACUGGGAAUUAAAGUAGAAAAUGAAGUACAAACUAAUACGUUUUACACUACUUAUAACCGAUUACAAACGUCAAUAUCUGGGGAGAAACAUGGAAUAAAGUGGACAGAUAGGAUGCAGCUGAACUACCUAGACUUCGCAGAUUAUCUGACUCUUCUAUCGCAAACGCAAUGACAAAUGCGGGGGACGACCAGUGUGGCAGC